AUGCCCGGACUCACCAACUACCCGCCCUUCCCCGACAACGUCCCGACUCACCCGCUCCUCGUCGUGGACUACGAGCUCCUCAAGGCUGGCGACGACGAGGAGAUUGACAAAUUCUGGACGGCUGCUACCACUCUCGGCUUCUGGUACAUGAAGAACCACGGUGCUGAUGAGCUAGUCAGUGAGAUGUUCGACAUGGGCGAAGAGACGAUGGACCUCCCCUUCGAGGAGAAGAUGAACUACAAAGCCCCAGGAGCCAACGCCACGGACGAGACCGGCGCACGCGACACCGUCGAGUUCAUCAACAUCUCCCAGGACGACGCCCUCGCCUUCCCCACGCCCGUGCACCGCACGUACCCCUCGACGGUCACCGCGCGCAUGGAGCACACGAUCCGGCCGUUCAUCCAGCACUCCGCCGCGGAGGGCACGCUCGCGCAGCUGCACCGGCUGGACGAGACGAGCGGGAGCGAGACGCGGUGCAUCCGGAAUCCGCCCCGGCCGGGCGGGAUCUCGGAAGAGAAGGCGGCGCUGGGUGCGCACACCGACUUUGGCUCGAUGACGUUCCUGCACAACCGACUCGGCGGAUGCAGGUGGCAGUACAUCAAGCCGAUCCCAGGACACGCCGUGUGCAACCUCGGAGACGCGAUGUACAUCUUCAGCGGCGGCAUCCUCAAGUCGAACCUCCACCGCGUCGUCCCUGCCCCAGGCGCGCAAGCGGUGCUCCCGCGCUGGUCCUGGCGAUGUUCACGCGUCCUGGCGACUCCGUCGUCUCCGCGCCCUCACCGAGGAGAGCCCCGUGGUCGCGGACGCGGUCGCGAGUGCCCCGACAGGAGCGUCUUCGGCAGCGGCCAGACGUCCAAGGAGUGGUUCGCGCGGCGGAUCAGAAACCAGCGUACCAAGAACCAGAAGAUUUGGCGACAGAGCCGUGGUACGGAGCAUCGUCCUGAUGCUGCCUGA